UGUCCUUGCCACAUGAAUAUCCAUAAUCCAUCCAGCCAGUGCCUGUAAUUCGUGCAUUCUCACAUUUUCAUUUUGCGUCAGCUCUAUCAGUUUCAUCAACGCACUAUUCAUCACCAGUCAUUCUAUCAGCCUCAAUCAAUCAGUUAAUCAAUCAAGCCAAAGAAAUUUCAAAACACCACUCACGCCAUCAAUUUCGAAUUUCGAAUUCAUCUGCUUUUGCCCCAAUCUGGUUUUUCCAUUGUUAAUAACCCAUUGCUCUUGGCAGCUAAACCCGAAAUUGUUUAUUGUCUUUGUGUGCCAGGCUGAAAGAUAAGAUCAACCCUUAUUGUUGACAGAAUAAUCCUCUGUCACCACUAUAAAAUUGUUAGUCCUGUCACAGCCUUAAUCAUCCUAGAAUUUCUACUUUCAGUCCCAACUAAGGCGCGACGAUAACCUCGCCAAAACUAGCUGAAAGUCGUACCGCGAUCAAGUGAUUCUGCAACCGCAGCAACAGCUGAAAAAAAAGCCUUCCCAGAACAAACGAGAUGGCCGUCAUAACAGUAGCAGCAGCAGUGGCAGCAAUCACGGCAGCCACAAGCUUACACAGCAAAGCAAAACCAGUAAACUAAAGAUGGCUCAGCUUGACUUUCAGCAACUGAUCGACAAAAAUGACGAUGAUCUCAGCAGCAACAGCAGCUCUUCGACCUUUUCAUCGUCCUCCCAGCAGCAGUCUUCGGUAGACUACGAGGCAGAGGAUGAGAACGAGGAAAAACAACGUAGGCCAUUGCACAAGAACGAGAACGACAGUUUGCUGCAUGUACAAAAUUUUCUUAAAUGCUUUGGCCCCAAUGCUUACGCAUCGGCAAAGGCACCUACCAUAGCAACUGCCACAAAAUCGUUGGCCAUCGUAAAGUCUCCGGCAUUGGCUGGAGAAGAACUGCGUGCCUGGCGCCAACAUUUUUGCACCGCAAUCAAUACAGUUCAAUCAGAUACCACAAUAGCAAUAACACAGGCAACGCUAUCGACAACAACCUUAGCGGAAAACACUGCCACAAAUACUCCGAUGUUUCAAGCCCAGUCAAGUGCAAACCACAAACCAACCAAGUUUCAAAUAAACACAAAGUUUUUGCGCAAACCACGCAACAAGCUAUUAAAAAUGCUGCCAACAGCAACGGCAACAUCACCGGCAACAGUUCCCAAGCAACAGGAGCAACUGCAGCAGCCGCAGCUGUUCAACGAUGAUUCCAACGCCAAAUUCAAAGACUUUUCAAUCGACUCGUUAUUGAAUAAGUAAACAUAAAAGAAUUACAGAUUAACAGUUACAGUUUAGCCUUAUUAUUUGUAGCAUAAUUAAACAAUUACAAGCAGAACCCCAAGCCUCGUUCCUAAUUUCUCCCAAAACAAGACCACCACAAAUUUUGUUUAGCCAAUCGAGUACCCAUAACAUGAACAUAGCAACAACAUAUUCUAACUAUAUAUAGGUUGUUUAUUUAUUACAUGCAUAUUGUAUAACUAAUGGCGCAAUUCAUAACUAGAAUAAGUAUGUAAAUAUCUAUUUAAAUACGAGAUAAUAAACCACAAACACAUGUGCUAGAAUUUAA